UCAAUAUUUCACUGUAAACAUUCCACGGUACUACGCAAUUUGUUUGGUUUGCAUAACCGCAAAUCUCUGGCAAAUCUUACAUGAAAUCCACCGCAGACCCUCACAGAGAGAUUAUCACUUAUAUUUAAGAUAUGGAUGGGAUUUUACCGACUUUUGAGAGUUCUUUUCCAGCGAUUUUGAGUCAGAAUUAGCGACAAAAAGCAGCAAACACUCGUGAACUGUCAAAACCACGUUGGAGUCUCCAACUAUCAUAAACUACAUUACAAUGCAAACACAGAUGAAAAUAUUUAACCCUGUUAAGCGGACUGACCGGAAUUAGCAAGAUGGGUAAGGAGCCAGCGCAGAUGUACAUGCCCGCCGAUGAGGUCAUCCUUUCACAGGCUGCUCUGAUGCCAGGUGGGCAUGAUAAGAGUGGGUACCCUGUGAUAUGUUUGCCACCAGGAACAAAGGCAAACCUAGUUCAAAUAAGCCAGGAAGACAUGUUAAAGCUGUUAAAGUACCUUGCCUACCUGGCCAGGAUCUGGUUCUCCAACAUAGGAGUUGCUGUUUUAGUUGACUACAGAAAAGCAGGAAGGGAGUUUGUUACUUUGGUUUUGGAUUUGGUUCAUACACUACAGGCAAGUAUUGGGAGAGUGAGGGUGUUAUAUCUAAUUCUUCCCGAAGACAAAAGUGUGAAGAAGCAUCUAGCAAAGGAGAUUCAUAGUGGACAGAGACAAGGGAAAUUGCAUUUCCAGAUGACAGCACUAAAGAGCACCGCUGAUUUGCAAACAUACGUGGACGCUAACCAGCUGUUGCGCUGUUUUGGCGGUGAACUGGAAUACACCCAUAGGGCCUGGGUGCAGCUCCAAAGGCGAUUGGAGGAGUUUUACCGGAUAGUCGAUGACGUCUUGAGCUACUUGCCGACAGCGCUUCAAGAGACACGCGACUUGCGGAAGCUUGUGUCUGGUAGCAUGCCCUCGCACGUGGACACACUACUACAGAAUGUGCAAGUCAAGAAGGCACAGAUAAGGAAGGACCUGUACUUGGAUGAGGCCCUGAAAGAGGCUGACCUACUGGUUGAGUACACUCGCCGGCCGUACAUGGACGAGGCGUGCGCGCUGGUCUCCAAGUCUCCGUUGUUUGGGAUCAUGAUGUCGACGGUACAGGCGCUGCAGAAGAACCUGCUGAAGGCGCGCAACCAGCUCGACGCUGCCUGGAAAGAGUCGGACUCACUGCUGUCCCAGAGAGCGGACGCGCAACACUUGAAGAAGUCUAUGAACAAGGUUCAGUCCUGGAUUCACCAGCGCGGCAGCAUUCACUUGGACAAGCUUUCGUGCACAACGUCCACACUGGCGUCUGCCGAGCAACUUAAGACGCAAUUUGAUAGCGAGUGCUACACGCCCGCCAAGCAAGUGAUUUACGACGGCAAAGAAAUUCUAGCGGAGGUUGAUCAGCUCAUCCGGGAGGGGCAUGCUGACCACAAGUCACUGCAGGCGCAUGCUGAUACCUGUGUCAACGUGCUGACGAGUUUUGCCAAGAGGCUUGAGGCCAAACGCGUGGAGAUUGAGCAGAACUACAGGUUUUUCGCCUUGCUGGAAAAGGCGAACACUUGGUAUCGAGCAGCAACAAAAUCGUGGUCCCUCAGCACUUGUGGCUCAACGUCCGCUCUUGACCCAAGCUACUACGAGGACCCUCGGCGCUACAGGGCCAAACUGGCAGACUUCCUUAACCGUUACCCUCCUCCUCACCCUGACGAGCUGAACUCUCUGCUGGCACUGUGUGACACAACGCACAGCACACAGCACAAGAGCCUGGCGAGACUGCUUGUUCAGAAGUGUCGGCAGCUGGAGAGGGUGAUCAAGGCACCAGAGGGCGGUGGAGGGAAGGAUAUGGUUAACGGAGGCACUGAGGUUGAAGAUAUUGGGGUAUUUAACCCUAAGAUCUCGCUCAGGCAAACAGCCGCGAACAUCGCCACUAGUAAUCCAGAACUACCAACAAGCAUAGGACCACCGUCACACCAUCAAACCACAGGCUCUCGAAGCAGACGCCAUGUCUUGAGUGAUGACGCGUUACUCCAUACUGCCCCAGCCAGGCCACCCUUUAGCACCGCACAGCGCACACACAGGUCUUGGGACCCACUCAGUAACACCCUGCCCCCUGUACCAACCACGGACAAGAGCGGGAACUAUCCACACAGAUUUAGUACACUCUCCGAGCAAAGACAAGUGUCUGAGCCUCGAGCGAAGCGUACCAAGGCGCCACCUGUCCGUCAGCUUGCAAUAAGUAAAGACGAUUUUUCCAGAAGCUCAUCUCUAGAUUUUCGAUCUUCAAGGGAUAAGGAUGUCAUCGAGUGCGAGAUGGACAGGUUGGCAGAACAGCAGAGAAAUAUUGAUAGAGAACUUCGAGAUUUGAAGCAGGAGAAGAAUAGUCCACAGAUGAAUGGGUAUUCAUCUGUUAAUGAGCCUUUGUACUGGAGUAUUGAUCAAAAUGAACCUACGUCUUCUAACCAUACUUCUCCUUUAUCACGUAACCACGAAACCUCUCAGAGCCUUGCCAGUAGUUCUGACGGGACGCACAUCAGGUUAACCCGUGCCGCGACUACAGAAUACUCGAUAACCGAUGGUCGCCAUUACUCCCCGGCCUUUCCGGGGAGGGGUCAGUCAUCAGAGCGUCUGAAUGACAGGUCGGCAAGGAGACCAGAGCUGGUAUCUGGUGAUUCCAUGGACCGGGAGGUCGAAAGCCUGCUCUCCGAUGCUGGGAAGUGCUCUAAUGUUCAAGGAAACUCCUCGAUUAACUCGUUUACUUUGUCACAUAAUGGCUCGCGCGUCGUGGAUUCUACAAUUCACAACUCGCGAUCAAUGAACUCGCUAGUGACGAACCAACAUGCAAGGAAUCCCUUAGCUGACUCCAUCUCAAAAAGCUCAGAUCACAACUUAACCACACAUUCAAGCGGUCUUAGGUGCAUGGAUCACAACCAAAAAGAUUUGUCCGACUCGCAUUCGGUCCGUUCGAGUAUUGAUCAGCAAGAGUGGGAGCCAGGAGAAGAGCUUUCUGUGGAUUACCCCAUGACUAUUUAUGAUCUCAACCUCACGGCACCUACUAGUAUAGGAUACCCAGAUUUACACUCCAUUCCUACAAGCUACCCAGACUUGAGCCCCACCGCAUCUGCAAAUAUGAGUCACGCGAAACUGACCUCCACAGCACCAGUCCUUAUAAGGCAUACGGACCCUAACUUAGCUCUUGCUGGCUACACAGCCGGACAUCACCCGCCAUCAUCCAAGUUAUCUCGGUACAACUCUCGCAUGAUGUCCUUGCAGUGCUUAGACGACAUUCUCUGGAACUACAACAGUCUUCGCAAGCAGGAGAUGUACUGGAAAUCUCUAAUUCGUAUUCACCGCCUGACGCUUGAGCAGAGGCUAGACACGCUGUCCAGGCAAGAAGUAGAAGAACAGUACUUUCACGCCCAGGAAGAGCUUUGUAAGAUCGAAACGGCGUUAGCUGGGUUACUGGGUCGUUUAAGCACUGGCCAAGUUGACUGGCUGAGACAGAACGCUCUCGUGUUUGAGUUGAGCCCCGAUAAUACAAUGCCACAGGACAAGCACAUUCAAAUACAGCUUAACGGUACACAUCCACCACACCCUGGUAACUCCAUGGGGAGUGCCUGUUAUCCAGACUAUCACGUUUUUCCGAUUACACAGGUACAACAAGUCAAUCAGGUUUUACCUGUAAGUGAGAUAACAAAAGACCCUCGAGUUUUGCUGUCUAGGGAAGCCACCGUCGAAUGUGGCGAUAAUGUAAAUCGCCCCUUGUUUGUACCUGUCAAUGGGCUGUUACAACCGUCUGAACAUCCUGUGCUUAGUGAUAAACAGACUCAAACUUUAGAUGAUAAACAAACACAGUCAAUUCAACCGACAAGUGAAAACGAUCCUUCCAGACACCUGCAAGCAAAGACGAGUUUCCCAACGAAGGAGAAAAAUGUGAACAUUCCACACGGUGCAUCGCAAGCAAACACGAGUUACUCAGCAAGGAAGAGAGAUCCAAGCAUUCCAAACGGUUCUUCGCAAGCGAAUGCGGGUUAUCCAACGAGUGAAUGCCAUCUAUCUAACAUACACUCGCGCGGCUCAACACAGCUUCCAACACCGCCACAGAAGCAAAGACAAACGAGUGGCCAGACGAGUGUGAAAGUCUCUUUAAAUAUAUUGAAUGAUGAAACGAAUCGUCCGACUGGGCACCCUAAUCAAGCAAAGAUGAAUAAUCCUGCGACGGACAAAAAAUCAUCCAACCCCCGUCCGCACUUGACUCGUCUUACGCCAAACACCCAAACGUCACGUGACUCAGCAUUGGAAAUCCUCACUAAACAGAGUGCCACUGAAAUCGAGUGUGACCCAGAUGUUGCCUUGCGUUCAGCGACGCUGCGAUCAGAGGCGAGACCUUCGGGAGAGACAUCCAGUAAUCCUAAGUCAUAUCUGGUUCCUGCUCCGCGUAAGGCCAAGCCAACUUCUGACGAUGUUUCCAAUAGUGUUGGUCAGCGGCCACAACCAUUACCAAGACGUCAGGUUAACGAGCCUUCGCCUUUUGUCAAGCAGACAAGUGUAAACGAAGAGGAAGUAAAGCUCCUGAAAGAGAUGUUCAACAAGGAACAGCAAGAACUCGAGAGCCGGAUCAGCCUUGAGCGUCUGAGGUACAAAGAGGAGCAGCAGCGAUUGCGGGAUGAGGAGGAGCAGCAGAGGGCGUGGCUAGAGAAGAAGUUUCAGAGAGAGGAGAACCAGCAGUUGCGCCAGCAGAAGGAAGAGGAGAGGCAGACCGAGUGGCUUGAGCAACAGAAACUACAAAGGAAGCAAGAAUCCACGCGAGAAAUCAGCCGGAAGAAAGAAGAGAAGGCUGAAGAUGAACAAUCUGAGAAGAAAGCAGAGGGCGAUCCUCAGGAUAUCAGGAACAAACGAAUGCAGUAUUUCCGUGCAAGAACCAACUCUGGUACGAUCAAAGACGAUCAUGUCUUCCCUCCCUCAAAACGUGAUUUAUCGACGAUGAUCAACGAAACAUCGACGGAAGGCCCAGUGCCGGGUAAGGCACGAAGUGACAGCUCGUCGUCUGCAGAAAGUAUCCAAGAUAUUGAUAUAGAGCAUGCAGAUUUCGUGAGUGAAGAGAGCCCUUUGUCGACCGAGCAGGAGCUUAUUGCUUUGCUGAGAAACGUACAGAACAAGGGACGGUCAUACAGUGACACGACAACCAGUAGUUCAUUCAGCACUAAUGAAGACACGAUAAAAACGGACAAUCUAGAAGAGGAAAACAAUGACAGAAAUGGUUUACAGGAAAGGGUGCUUGCAGAUUCAGAUAACUUUGAACAGAGUGGACAUAUAAAGGAAAACGUGGAUGAUUUAGAAGCACCUCUGACUAGUGCUAAAAAUUAUGCAAGAUCUGUUGAGGGUGAGCUGAAUGGAAAAAAUAAAGGCAGAAGUGUGGGAUUAAGACGUUCAGACGCAGAGAGCUCUUCAGAAGCAGUAGAGCACUAUUGUGAGGAAUUAGAAAAGGAUGUUGAACAUGUAACCUUAGAAGAUGGGAAUACUACCACAGACGAACGGGAUGCACUUGAAGCUGGACUAGAGUUCGAUGAAAGUGAGACGAAUGAUGAUCAAAAGACUGCGUCAAUGGAAGAAUUUGAGCUUCUGGAACAAAUGUUUAGGCGAGAGAAAGAGAUGAGACUUGAGGUCGUGCGCGAGGAGUCUGUAGAGGCUACCGAAUCUGAGCCAGAACACGCACAACAAGAGGCCGGUGAGCGAGGGAGGUUUGAUAGGGUUGAUGGAAAGAGAGAACAUUACGCUUUUACUGUACGUGAACAGGAAAAUAUGCGAUCUAUAACUUCAGAUAGUUCUGAGGAGGUCGAAACGUUUGGGCAGGGUAAUCUACAACGAAGAGAAAGUGCUUCACAAGAUGAAAAAGGUUUGGAGACUCAUGGUAGAAUCGUCGCGGACGAUUAUGAAGCCAGCGAUCAAGGCUUCGCGUUAAACGAAAAAGACAUAAAAAAGGUAAAGCAACAUAGUUCUGAUUCAGAGAUGGAGAUCGCAGAUGUUGAGGUACUCGAACGCCCAACUGUUAUUCUGGAAGAUUCUAAGCACUCACUUGACUUACUAGAGUUAACAAACCCCGAGGAAAUCAAGGAAAGUGGUAAGCAUUGUGCUAGUCACGAAAACAAAGAUGUCUCAACGACAAACCACCACUCCUUCAGAAAUAUGAAUAGUUUACUUAACAGAGCUGAACGUAUGGAAUCCACAGAAGAAAAUGGAGAAAAUGAUUUUUCACCAGUUGAAGAAGUUGAAACGCCUCACAACGAUGAGAUCUCGGAGGAGGACGAUUUGUUAGGCCUUGUUGGUAGCGAGAGUGAGAGUGAAGAAGAUAUAGAAUCGUUCAUUGAUAAUGAAGAGACUCUAAGUCGGUCCAGGUCUGAGACUUUUGAGAAAAUAUAUCUAUCAAAUAAGAGUGGUAAUACUGACGAGUUUCAACAUGAAACAGUUGCAGUUGCGCCUACACAUCAUGUCCCUCUUAUUAUAGUAAAUAGCGGACGUGAAAGUAUAGACUUUGUUCCAGAUGAUUCAUCUGAAGGAUUAUCUUAUGAUGAAACGAAGAAAAAAGUCCAGGAAAUUGAUGAUGAUACGAGAAAGGAAGUCCAGGAAAUUGAUGAUGACACGAAGAAGGAAUUUCAGGAAAUUGGAAAUGACAUGGAGAAGGAAGUCCAGGUAAAUGAUGAUGCCCAGAAGAAGGAAGUCCAGGAAAUUGCCAAUAGUGACAGUGAAGAAGAAGUGGAAAGAUUUCCUCGUCAUACAUAUGUGUCAGAGGAUCUGGACUCAAACGAAAGUUCAAGCGAGAACUCGCCGGCCGAUGGCAAGGGUUUUGUUCAAGCUACAGAAGAAGGGGGAGACGAGGAGGAGGCAUAUUCGGAUGAUGGAGCCGUGUGCGAUGAACACAAUCCGGAUGGAUCUCUUCAUGAAUUAGACGGAAGCAAGUCUUCAACGCAAUUAAUUGAAAGCCUGCUUGGUGCUUUAGCUCAGGGUGAUAGCGACGAAGAGAUCGAAGCAUUUGAUGAACCUGGAGACUAUCGGCCUAGCGGUGAAAUGAAAGGAGAACAGAGAAAGGGCCAGAGAAUAAUAGAUGACUUGCACAAGCCUAGUCAACAGCACAAAGAUGAACAAUUGGCAUCAAAUUCCGAUGACGAUUUGCUAGGCAUUAUUGGGAGUAGCGAUACUGAUAGUGAAAGUAAUGAUGACAUCCCGGGAUCAAUUCCCGAUGGGAACGAUAUUGAGGUAGAAAGCGGUGUAUUUGAUGCCAAUCGUGAGGAAUCAGAUGAUAUCAAUGAUAUGAUUAUCAAAACGACCAAUGAUAAUCCUGUUGAAACAUCCCCAAAGAAUCCAGAUCACAUUCUGGAGGAGGGCUCUUCCUACAAACCCUCGUUUAAUGACGACGAAGACAUACUUGAUCUUAUCGGUAGCGAUACUGACUUGUCUGACGCCGAGUCACAGAACAGUCUCUCCAGUGCACCAACAGGGGACGAAGACGGGAUUAAGGUGGGGUCGUACCAUCACAAUACGAAGCAAAGCUACCCUGGCCCACCAGCUGUUGCAAUGAACAUCGCAUCGGUCACCAAGCAACAGGCAGCUUUUGAGCAGAACGGUGGGACGGUAGUAGUGAUAGAUAACGGGUCUGGAUUUUGCAAGGCCGGGUUGUCUACCGAUGAAAGCCCAAGGGUUGUGUUUCCUGCAAUCGUCGGAAGACCACGUCACAAGGAGGUCAUGAUGCGAGAUUACAAGGAUAGCUACGUGGGUGAUGAAGCACAGGAAAUGCGCGGGGUGCUCACGCUCAAGUACCCGCUGGAGCACGGGAUCGUCACCAAAUGGGACGAUAUGGAACUGAUGUGGGAGCAUGCAUUUGACCAGCUGCGCGUGCGCGGUGAGGAUUUUCCCGUCUUGCUCACGGAGGCACCGUUGAACCCAAAGAUGAACAGGGAGCGGAUGGUUCAGUUGAUGUUUGAGUCGUUCAAUGUGCCCUGUAUGUACGUCGCCGUACAGGCUGUCAUGGCGCUUUACGCCUCUGGUCGGACUACAGGCACCGUGUUCGAUUGCGGUGACGGCGUAAGCCACACAGUCCCAGUCUACGACGGCUACUGGUUGCCCCAUGCCACUCAGCGGAUUGAUUUGGCCGGGAGGGACUUGACCCAUUACCUCCAGAGACUCGUCACUGAGCGAGGAUACUCGUUCCAGUCCACGGCAGAGCAGCAGAUCAUCCGGGACCUUAAAGAGACGCUGUGCUAUUGUGCGAUGGACUAUGAGAGGGAAUUAAAAGAGGCUGAGACUAGUGACGACUGCGAGGCGCCAUAUAUGCUUCCCGACGGCCAGUCAAUCCGUAUCGGCAGUGAGAGGUUCCGUGCAGCAGAGCCUCUCUUCCAGCCGUCCCUUCUCGGACGAGACAUCGAUGGAAUCCAUGAAUCGAUCUUUAAGUCAAUCAAGAAAUGCGAUAUCGACCUUAGAGCUGAGCUCUUCCAUAACAUUGUUCUUUCAGGGGGUACUACUUUGCUAGCAGGAUUCAGUAACCGCCUCCAUAAGGAGAUCUAUAGCUUGGUAGACCCCAAGGACCCCAGCAGAGUGCGUGUAGUGACCCCCCCGGAUCGCGACCUGGCAGUGUGGCGCGGCAGUGCUGUGUUGGCGGGACUUCCUUCCUUCCCCAAAAUGUGCAUUUCUUCCCAGGAGUAUGAUGAGCUCGGGCCGGACAUUAUACACAGGAAGUGCUUUUAAAAGGGAUACGUCACGAGUUUUUCGUGGGCCACGGUUAAGACAGCAAUCCACCAUGAAGGGAGAGACAGAAUACGGCCUAAAGGAACCACCCCUUUAAUCUGAAUGAUUCUCUUGGUCAUCAGCUUGAACUAUUGAAAAAGGCAUACGAUUUCAAACCUCAGCGUGGCCAAAUUUCAUACGCAAACUAGUGCGCAGAUGAUGAUUCAAGCCGAGUUUGGUAUAAUAAUACACAAAGAGCGCUUUUAGGAGCUUAGAAUAGUUCAAAUAGACUGAGGUGUGCUCGCAAAGUGGUACACAUCGUUGUCAAAAGUAAAUACACAAUGAAUCACUAAGCAAUUAAAAAUUGACACACAUAAAAAA